GUAGGGAAAAAAAGAAGAGGGCAAUAUUAAUUGGGGACUCUAUUGUUAGGGGGUCGGAUAGGCGUUUCUGUGGACGUAGUCGGGAGACCAGGAUGGUGGUCUGCCUCCCUGGUGCCAAGGUCUCGGACGUGUCUCAACGCAUCCAAGAUAUCCUGAAAUCAGAGGGAGAGGAGCCUGAGGUCGUGGUACAUAUAGGUACCAAUGACAUAGGGAAAAAAAGGGAAGAGGUCCUGAAGGGAGGAUUUAGGGAGUUGGGAGGAGAGUUAAGAAAAAGGACCAAAAAGGUAACCAUAUCAGGAUUACUGCCUGUGCCACGCGACAGUGAGAGUAGGAAUGGAGCGAGGUGGAGGAUAAAUGCGUGGCUGAAAGACUGGUGCAGAGGGCAGGGAUUCAAGUUCCUGGAUCAUUGGGACUUCUUUUGGCGAAGGUGGGACCUGUACAGAGAGGAUGGGUUGCACUUGAACCCGAGGGGGACCAAUAUCCUAGCGGGGAAAUUUGCAAAGGCAGCUGGGGAGACUUUAAACUAGAAUGGUUGGGGCGAGGGACUCAAAUAGCGAAAGAUAGUAGACAGAAUGGGAGGCAGGAAGCAGAAAUGGGAAGCACUCGGACACAAGAGGAGAAAGAAAAAAAAGGAAAUAAACAGAGAAUAAGAGACGGGGGUUUUCUUAAAUGUGCAUAUUUUAAUGCUAGGAGCAUUGUAAGAAAGGUUGAUGAGCUUAGAGUCUGGAUAGACACCUGGAAGUAUGAUGUUGUGGCGAUCAGUGAAACGUGGUUGCAGGAGGGCUGUGAUUGGAAACUAAAUAUUCCAGGAUUUCGCUGCUUCAGGUGUGAUAGAAUUGGAGGGGCAAGAGGUGGAGGUGUUGCAUUGCUAGUCAGGGAAGAUAUUACAGCAGUGCUUUGGCAGGAUAGAUUGGAGGGCUCAUCUAGGGAGGCUAUUUGGGUGGAAUUGAGAAGUGGGAAAGGUGUAGCAACUCUUAUAGGGGUGUAUUAUAGGCCGCCAAACGGGGAACGAGAAUUGGAAGAGCAAAUAAGUAAGGAGAUAGCAGAGAUUAGUAGUAAGCACAAGGUAGUGAUUGUGGGAGAUUUCAACUUUCCACACAUAGACUGGGAAACACAUUCUGUAAAUGGGCUGGAUGGGUUGGAGUUUGUAAAAUGUGUGCAGGAUAGUUUUUUGCAGCAAUACAUAGAGGUGCCUACUAGAGGAGGGGCAGUGCUGGACCUCCUGUUAGGAAAUGAGAUGGGACAGGUGGCGGAGGUAUGCGUUGGGGAGCACUUCGGGUCCAGUGAUCACAAUACCAUUAGUUUCAAGAUAAUUAUGGAGAGGGUCAGAACUGGACCUAGGGUUGAGAUUUUUGAUUGGAGAAAGGCUAACUUUGAUGCGAUGCGAGAUGAUUUAAAAGGAGUGAACUGGGACAUUUUGUUUUAUGGGAAAGAUGUAGAAGAGAAAUGGAGGACAUUUAAAGGGGAAAUUUUAAGAGUACAGAAUCUUUAUGUUCCUGUUCGGUUGAAAGGAAACAGUAAAAAUUGGAAAGAGCCCUGGUUUUCAAGGGAAAUUGGACAUCUUGUUCGGAAAAAGAGGGAGAUCUACAAUAAUUAUAGGCAGCGUGAAGUAAAUGAGGUGCUUGAGGAGUAUAAGGAAUGUAAAAAGAAUCUUAAGAAAGAAAUUAGAAAAGCUAAAAGAAGAUAUGAGGUUGCUUUGGCAAGUAAGGUGAAAGUCAAUCCAAAGGGUUUCUACAGCUAUAUUAAUAGCAAAAGGAUAACGAGGGAUAAAAUUGGUCCAUUGGAGAGACAGAGUGGACAGCUAUCUGCAGAGCCAAAAGAGAUGGGGGAGAUAUUGAACAAUUUUUUUUCUUCGGUAUUCACCAAGGAGAAAGAUAUCGAAUUAUGUGAGGUAAGGGAAACUAGUAGAGUAGCUAUGGAUACUAUGAGGUUCAAAGUAAAAGAAGUACUGACACUUUUGAAAAAAUAUAAAAGUGGAUAAGUCUCCAGGUCCUGACAGGAUAUUCCCUAGGACAUUGAGGGAAGUUAGUGUAGAAAUAGCCGGGGCUAUGACAGAAAUAUUUCAAAUGUCAUUAGAAACGGGAAUAGUCCCCGAGGAUUGGCGUACUGCGCAUGUUGU